AUGGAAAAAGGAUGGAUGCAUGCUGAUAGGAGAUCGCUGAGGUUUCAAAUAGGGUUUGAGGAUUUUCUUAAGUUUGCUUCAGCGAACGCUGCUGACAAAUCAAAUAUCUGCUGUACUUGUUUAAAGUGUUGUAACACUAAUGGAUUUUCCAUUGGAGUUAUUAAGGACCAUGUAUUUUUUAAUGGCAUUGUGACUAGUUAUAAGAAUUGGAAAUGGCAUGGAGAACCUUCUGUCAAGGAUACCGAUAGAGCAGGUGAAUCUGAAAUAGUAGAUAUGAAUUGUAACCAAGAUAUGGGGGAAAGUGAAGAUGAGGAGAUAUCUAGUGACUCGAAUGAGUUUCUAAGGUUUGUGGAAGAUGGAGAUGAACCUUUGUACCCCGGUUGUACAAAGACAACAAAGCUGAACUGUCUUAUUCAAACGUUCAACUUGAAAGCAAAACACGGAAUGAGUGAUGCUUGUUAUUCCGACAUGCUAGUCAUGAUUGGCAUAUUGCUUCCCGAAGGGAAUGAGGUACCCGGUUCUCUAUAUGAGGCUAAAAAAACACUUGCAACAUUAGGGAUGGAGUAUGAAAGGAUUCAUGCUUGUCCAAAUGACUGCAUGUUGUAUAGAGGUCAGCAUUCUAAAGCUACAAGCUGUCUGAUCUGUGGUGAAUCACGAUGGAAACUGGGAAGGGAUAAAGUUGAGAAGGAAGGGGUGCGUGGGAAGGUAUUAUGGUACUUCCCACCAAUCCCAAGAUUCAAAAGGAUGUUCCAAUCAACGAAGACAGCAAAGGACUUGACUUGGCAUGUUGAGAAUAGGAAAAAAGAUGGCAUGAUGCGGCAUCCAUCAGAUUCACCGACCUGGAAAUUGAUCGACACAAAGUGGCCAGAAUUUGGUAGAGAAGCUAGGAACCUUCGUUUAGCCCUUUCCUCAGAUGGGUUUAAUCCCCAUAGUUCUUUAAGUAGUCGGUACUCUUGCUGGCCGGUUAUCCUCAUUACGUAUAACCUUCCUCCAUGGUUAUGCAUGAAGAGGAAGCACAUGAUGUUAACAUUGUUAAUAUCUGGACCGAAACAGCCUGGAAAUGAUAUUGACGUGUAUUUACAGCCAUUAAUAGAUGAUUUGAAACAACUGCGGCAGGGAGUUGAAGGUGUGUACGAUGCUGUAAGAGAAGAGUCAUUUACACUCAAGGCAGUCCUACUUUGGACUAUUAAUGAUUUUACUGCAUAUGGGAACCUCUCUGGCAGUAUUAUCAAAGGAUAUAAUGCUUGUCCUAUUUGUGUCGACGAAACCCGACCAUAUAGGUUGAAACAUAGUAAGAAAAUGGCAUUUAUGAGGCAUCGCCGUUUUUUGCCGAGACAUCAUCCAUAUCGCAAGCAAGCUGCUGCCUUCGACAAUACCAUAGAGGAAGAUGUUUCCCUUUCACCAUUAAGUGGAGACCAAGUGUUGUCAAGAGUUGAAUUACGACAUAUUCUUGAUGUGAUGCACAUUGAGAAGAAUUGCUGCGAUGCUAUAAUUGGUACCCUCUUGAACAUUCCUGGGAAGACAAAGGAUGGAGCUGCUUCUCGUUUGGACAUGGUUGAUAUGGGCAUCAGAACUGAUUUGAAGCCUACACCUGGUCCAAAAAAGGCCAAGUUACCUUUAGGUAGUUGGAAUUUGCGGGUAGAAGAGAAGAAAAUAAUGUGCAAUUCAUUUUUUGGUAUGACGGUUCCUGUGCGUUUCUCUUCAAAUGUGAGGAAUCUGGUCUCGAUGGAAGAUUUAAGACUGGUUGGUCUUAAAUCACAUGAUUGUCAUACGGUGAUUCAGUUUCUUCUCCCAAUUGCAAUAAGAUCAGUUUUAGAGAAGCCGGUUAGGUAUGCAAUUAUUCGGUUUUGUCUAUUCUUUAAGGCAAUUUGUAGUAAAGUCAUAGAUGUUUCAAGACUUAAACAAAUGCAAGCAGAUUUGGUUGAUACAGUUUGUUUGCUGGAAAAGUUCUUCCCACCUUCCUUUUUUGACGUAAUGAUUCAUUUAACAGUUCAUCUUGUUAGAGAAGUUGAGUGGUGUGGUCCGGGGUAUAUUGCUGAGAAUUAUAUUGUUGAAGAAGCUAUAGAGUUUUGUUCAGAUCGUAUCCUUGAAGAAGAUGCUACCACUGUGGGAAUUCCCUCUACAAGCCAACCUGAACACUACAAACAGUGCAAACCAUUAUCAGGCGCAACCAUGGUAGCAGUUUAUGGAAAGGAGUUGAUGCUAGCACACCUUUGUGUAUUACGAAAUACUGAAGAUGCUCAGCCAUACUUCAUGGAGCAUAUGCAAUUGUUGGAGUUAACAUUCCCUAGAUUCAAGAAGAACCAUAAGUGGAUGAGAGAAAAACAGAACAAGACAUUUGGGGACUGGUUAAAGGAGAGGGUUGCAAAUCAAAUGAGGUUUCUAGACAAUGAUGUUUCGGAAACAAUAAGGUGGAUGGCUGGUGGCCCAAAAAAUGAAGUGCCAAGUUUUGCUUCAUACCAUGUCAAUGGAGUUGACUUCAACACCAAAGACCGGGACAGUAUUCGAACAGUUUAG